UCAAUAUGACGGCCCCACCACCUGCCGACAGAGUGGCCCUUUAUCGGACAUGAAGCCGAGAUUUGUCCCUCCCCCGCGCUCAACAACAAUUUCGUGGGACAACAAAAAAAUCCAUAUUAUUCCAUUCAUCAAGAGCUAGGAGAAAGAAACAAAGGGAACAUGUCCAACAAGACAAUGCGCGCCGUCGUCUUCAAUGGCCUACACAAAGUUGCCGUCGAGGACCGUCCCAUUCCCCAGGUCCAGCACCCGGAGGACAUUGUUAUCAAGGCCACAUAUACUGCGCUUUGCGGAAGUGACCUCCAUGUAUAUCGUGGCAUUGAACCUGCCGGAACAGGGUUUAUCAUGGGCCACGAAGUAACGGGCGAAGUUGUUGAGGUUGGUGAUGCGGUGAAGACCGUGCAGAAGGGGGACUCUAUUGUUUCGGCUUUUACAACAUCGUGCGGCACGUGUUUCUAUUGCAAAGCAGGGUUCUCGUCUAGAUGUGACAAGAAUGCACUUCUCGGGUGCGACAAUCUAGAUGGUGCCCAAGCUGAAUACAUCCGGAUCCCAAACGCAGACGGAACAGUUAUCAAGGCACCACAGGGAAUCGAGGAAAAGUACCUCGUUCUAAUGGGCGACAUCUUCCCAACUGGAUACUUCGCCGCUCUAAAUGCAUUCAAAAAUGCCACCGCAGAGCAAAUCGCCCAGCAGACUGUUGUGCUUAUCGGCUGUGGACCCGUUGGUCUCUGCGCACUGGUUAAUGCCCUCGAAUACAAGCCCAAGCAUAUCCUUGCUGUUGACUCCGUCCCAUCUAGACUCGAGCUGGCCCGUUCCCUCGGUGCAGAGCCGUGGAACUUUCAGAAAGACAGGGAAGGUCUCGGCAAGAGGGUGCUAGAGCUGACCGAGGGUCGUGGAGCAGAUGCUGUUAUUGAGGUUGUAGGUCUGAGUCCGGCACUGAGGAUGGGGUUUGAUCUCCUCAGACCAUGGGGUGUUGUUAGUAGCGUUGGAGUUCAUAAUGGAGAGAUACCGUGGAAUGGAAACGAGGCGUAUGGGAAGAACUUGACUUUGCAGAUGGGCCGAUGCCCCGUGCGGUCUGUUUCGGAUGCGGCGCUAGAGGUGCUGAAGAGGAACCAACAUUUACUUGGAUUCAUGGCGGAUCACAUCAUGCCUCUUUCGCAAGCUGUCGAGGCAUAUGAUUUGUUCAAUGCGAUGAAGGUGCAGAAAGUGAUUUUUGAGGCAGCGAAAUAGACUGAAGUGGAGUCCUUUUCCGUCAAUAUUUCGUUCGCAGAAGUAUAGAAGCAUAGAGUGCAUAUAGAUAAAUGGAUAAGCGUGGUGUCCGAAACCCGAAUAACCUUCCAAGAUUCGUAACAACCCAACAUUGGACCGAAAGCAUAAUUAGGUACAUAUAAGGACCUUAUCAAUAGCCACGUUGUAUCCAAAGAAGCCAAAACCCAAUUAAGAAAAAAAAGAUAAAAUAAAAUACAUAAUCCAACAUAAACCAAAAGGCACGCCAAUCAGCCCUUGCCAGCAAAGCUGACCCCCGUGCCGGGACCCUCUCUCUGCCUUACCACUUUGAACUUGU